UUAUUUAUUUUUUUUUCGCACUUUUUCAUACGCUCGAUAACACCUUUCUCAUCUCCCUUUUCAUCCCAUUUCAUCUGCCAUCACCUGCGUUCUCAUCCUUUUUCCACAGCGCUCUUCACUUCUAUUCUAUCUUCACCCACACCCUACCAAUAACAGCACACAUAAUGGCCUCAUUACAGGCACGGUCAAUGGCCCUCCUGGCCCUCCUCUGCCUCUUCAUAUCCACGGUCCUUGCUCAAGGACCCGUAUCAGCAGAUUUGCCAGACGUUGGAGGAAAACCUGGUGACGUGACCCGUAUCACAAUCAGCGGAACGAUUGUCGCAAUCGUCUUGAUGGUCGCUGGCUUCUUGUUUGCGUUCUUUGGCCACAAGUUCUUCAAGAUCACUCUCUUCCUCUCAGGAUUCUAUGUCUGCAGCACCUUGGCAUGGAUUGCACUCAAGAACUUUGAGCCCUCGAGUGGAUAUGGCACGAACUCACAGUGGAUCUACUUGGGUGUCUCUGCCGCGGCUGGUCUCUUGGGUGGUGGUCUCUUCUUGUGCUUCUGGCGUCUUGGAUUCGCAGCAUUGGGCGCGAUUGCUGGAUUCUACCUUGCGAUCUUUAUUCUCUCCUGGGCCUCGAACGGUGUGAUCUCGAGCGGAGUCGGCCGGACGAUCUUCAUCAUUGCGUUCGUGAUCAUCGGUAUCGUGUUAACGUUCUUUGUGGAGCGCCAUGUAGUCAUUCUGGGCACGGCCCUCGUGGGUUCGGGAUCGUUCUUUGUCGGACUCGAUAACUUUGUGCAUACAGGAUUCUCUGAUGCAUUCAUCCAGUUCUUGUCGGGCAAGCAGACGGGAUUCGUCAAUGGCAAUGGGUACACGGUCUCGGGCAAAAUCUAUGGAAUGCUCGCAGGCACGUUGGCGAUGUUUGUGAUUGGUGCGUGCUUCCAGUAUUACAAGCACCGUGGUUCUUGGGUCCCUAAGACGCAUCGUCCUCAUUACCAGGCUCAGCCUUCGUACCAGCAUGUUUAAAGACCGAAAAACCGCUGGAAGCAUUCUCUUGCGCUAGUUGUGAUUUACAGCGAGCAAUUUGAACAUAGGAAAAAUAGCAUCAUAACUCAUAACUCAUCGUCAUCAAGCAAUGCUUUAUUUUUUUUCUGCAAUAAAAAAAAAGGCAACUGUAAAUAUUUCCUCAA